UGGAGAUCAGAAAAACGACAGCGCGAUAAAAAUUAGUAUUGUUGCACUUCACAAAUUAAUGACCAUGAGUUCCUACUUGAUAAACUCCAACUAUAUCGAGCCUUCCUUUCCUCCAUGCGACGAAUAUCAGCAGAGCGGAUACAUCCCCAACCCCGGUGAUUACUACGAGCGGCCAAAAGACACGGGCUUCCCCCAUCACGACGAGGCAUCCUAUCCGAGGUCAAACUACACAGAACCGGGCUACGAUUACGGUAAUGUCCCCGCCACUGGGCUCGAUGAUUUCGGCGAUGGGCAUCACGCACAGCCCCAGCCCGUCCCACAGAGCCACGGUCCUCGCCUCAACACGGCUCCAGAUAGUGGCGCAGGGGCCAAUACCAGCAAAGACUGCAGCCUCGCCAAUGAGGCAUAUCCCGGCGUACCGAAGGGCAAGGAGCCGGUGGUCUAUCCCUGGAUGAAAAAGGUCCACGUUAGCACCGUCAGUGCUGGUUACAAUGGAGGAGUGCCCAAGAGGUCCCGCACUGCCUACACCCGCCAGCAGGCUCUGGAGCUGGAGAAGGAGUUCCACUUCAACCGGUACCUGACCCGGCGCAGACGGGUGGAGAUUGCCCACACCAUGUGUCUGUCCGAGCGCCAGGUCAAGAUCUGGUUUCAAAACCGGAGGAUGAAGUGGAAGAAGGACCACAAGCUGCCCAACACCAAGAUCCGCUCCUCCAGCUCGGCCUCGUCCACCACCUCGGGGGCCCAACAGCAGCAGCAGCAGCAGAUCAAAACAGGCCAGCAGCUUGUCCCCACGCCGUGCACCGCCGGCCUAUAGUGCAUGAACCCCUCAAAAAAAAAAGAAAAAGAAAAAAGAACCCCAACCCAGACUGAGAAUGGCACAUAACACAAGUGGAAUUUGGUGGACCUGUUCUCCAGUAUUUUACACAUGGUGUUAUCCCCCUGCCUCUGCCAUUGGGCCCCUGUCACAUCCUCCAUAUUCCUUUUUUCUUCUUUUCGUCCUCGCCCUCUUCAUAUAAGCUUGAAAUUCACCUCUAAUUGCCAAGGUGACAACUGAAGUGUAUAUGUAUUUGUUUAUUAUUAUCAGAGAAGGAUAACGCACAUUCAGACGUAGGACUUGGAUCAUAAUGUAUCAUUACAGUAAAAAUGAAAUGAGGUGAAAGUAAGUGGGAACACAUUUUUCUAUGUCCUCUAUGAUUUUUUUUUAUUAUUAUUGUCGCUCAUGGAAAGUUCUAAUAUACUUGAAAGAUAUUUAGCGAAGCUCUAGAUGCCUGUUAGAAAGCAGUCCGCCGUUUUGGAGUAGGGCAUCAUUCAGAGUAACAAUGUAGUUUGUGUGUUUGAGUGGGUCGAUUUACUGUUGAAUGUAGUCCAGGUGACUUUCACAUCUAAUGUACAUAGACAAAUCAUAGCGAAGGCACAAUAAGGAAAGCAUUUCGUCAAGUAGCAAUUCUAUUUGUUGGUGUUGUAAACUAGUUUAAUUUGUGCUAGUGCGUCCCAUGUUGUGCUGUGUUCUAAACUGUGAAUAUUUGUAUGUGUUGUCUAAAUAAUGACGGCUGUAAUGUAGGCUAGUAUAGACCCAAGCUGUU